UCCAGCAUGAGGAACAUCCACAAAGCCUACCUGUCCCUGUUCCUCACCCUGGUGCACGUCUGCUUUGCACAAGCUGACUACGCCCCAUAUUUUUUCGAUAAUGGUCCCACGAGCAGAAAUGGGAACAUGGCACUUUUCAGCCUUUCAGAAGACACCCCAGUUGGAAUGCAGGUAUAUAUUCUUAAUGGAACAGACCCGGAAGGCCAGCCGGUGAGAUUUGGGCUGACCUUUGAAGCAGGAUCUAAGGAGUAUUUUAAAGUGGACCCCAAAUCUGGGAAUAUAACCCUCAUUGAAGAGCUGGACAGAGAGACACAAGAUGAAGUUGAAGUUCUUGUCAGCAUUUCGGAUGGCCUUAAUAAAGUGGUUGAGAAGGUGAGAGUGUUUGUGACGGAUGCUAAUGAUGAACGGCCCAUUUUUCGAAACUUGCCAUUCAUUGUGAACGUCCCAGAGGACACACCCUCUGGGAGCAGCAUUUACACUGUGGAGGCAGUGGACCGGGACACGGGCUCUGGUGGCAGCGUCACCUACUACCUCCAGAAUAGCUACAUGGUUAAGUUUGCCAUUGACCGCCACAGUGGUGUCCUGAGAAUCAAACCAGGUGAAGCUCUGGAUUACGAAAAAUCAAGGACACACUUCAUCACGGUGGUUGCCAAGGAUGGUGGAGGUAAAUACAAAGGAAAGGACCAGGUGAUGUCAUCCUCAGCCACCGUGACAAUCAAUGUGAUUGACGCCCAGGACACACCCCCCAUCUUUGUCGGCACACCUUAUUUUGGAUACGUUUAUGAGGUCUCUGUGCCGGGCUCUGAAAUCUUUACUGUUUAUGCCAAAGACGGAGAUCAAGGCAGCCCUAAUCCUGUGCGAUAUUCGAUUGUGAACGGUGCCGAUGGGGUCUUCAGCAUUAACGAAACAAGUGGGUGCAUUCGACUCCUUGCAUAUCCAGCCCAUCUGAAGAAGGAAAGGUUUGAGCUGAAAGUCAAGGCCACAGAGGUGGGCGCUGGGGGCGAGCGGUUGGACAACACCAUCACGACUGUGACCAUCCGUGUGGUCGACCUGAAUAACCACCCACCCACGUUCUACGGUGACAGCGGUCUGCAGAACAAGUUUGAGCUGACAAUGUAUGAGCACCCGCCUGAGGGAGAGAUCUUGAGGGGACUGAAGAUCACCGUCAACGACUCCGAUCAGGGAGCCAAUGCAAAAUUUAACCUGAGGCUGGUGGGACCAGGAAACAUGCUAAGGGUGGUACCCCAGACUGUGCUCAAUGAAGCCCAGGUCACCCUAAUAGUUGAAGACUCUGCAGCCAUCGACUAUGAGAAAUACCAGUUCCUAAACCUGAAGUUGCUCGCGGUUGAGAUUGACACACCCGAAAGAUUCAGUGCAACAGCUGACAUCAUCAUCCACCUGCUUGACACCAACGACAACACCCCCAAAUUCUCAUCCGACUACUACAUCGCCAGAAUCCCCGAAAACUCCCCAGGGGGCUCCAACGUUGUGUCCGUUACGGCAACAGAUCCCGAUUCUGGCCUUUGGGGUGAAGUCAAAUACUCCAUUUAUGGUGCUGGCAUUGAUUUGUUUCUCAUUCAUGGGACGUCUGGCAUCAUCUACACACAGCCCUGGGCCAGCCUUGAUGCCGAGGUCAAGUCCAAGUACAACUUCUACGUGAAGGCCGAGGACACAGAGGGCAAGUACAGCCUGGCUGAGGUGUUCGUCACAGUGCUGGACCUCAAUGACCACCCACCUGAGUUCAAUGAGAACUACCUGGAGAAGACCAUGGUCAUCGGGGCACCAGUGAAAAUAGAGGCAGUGGACGAUGACGCAGAGGAGCCCAACAACAUCAUUGAGUACUCCAUCAUGAAGGCGGACCCUGACAACAUUUUCGACAUCAACGCUGACACGGGCGAGAUCAAGCUGAAGCCCUACAUCAAGUCCCUGGACAUCGUGGAGAACAUCACCAAGCAGAGGGACUGUACCUGGUCGGUGGUAGUCCAGGCCCGCGACCACGGCUCGCCCUCUUUCAGCACCACCACCGUGGUCAAGAUUGACAUCACUGAAGCAACUCAACUCAAGGGCCCCAUGGCGGCCUUCUUAAUGCAAAGUAGGGACAAUCCGAUGAAAGUCCUAGGCAUGGUGGCAGGCAUCAUUAGCAUGGUGGUAGUCGUGACGGUCAUGAUCUCUACGGCCAUGUUCAUGCGCAACAAAAAGUCCAACCGGAUCACGCCAGCCCGCCGCAUCAUCCGAAAGAGGCCCAAGGUCCGCAAGCCCUGGACGCUGCAGGUACCCUUCCAUCACCCCAACAACCCGGCUGACAAAUUCCUUGUCAAGGACCUGGAGGGCAACACCGAGAACAUUAAUCACAACAACAACAUCCACCGCCCCCCACCUUCACCCCCCUGUAUCCCCUCUCCGCCCCCACCCGCCCAGUUCUACACCCAGCCUGCUGAGAGGCAGCGACCACUGCCCACUGUUUCUGGGAUGAUGGCAUCCAGGGCAACCAGGAAGUCACUCAGAAGCAAGGAGAGUAGCCUGAACUCUGCACUGGUCACGGAGCUCAAGAUGAGGCUGGAACAGAAGAUGCUGGAAACCAGUCAGUACUGA